AUGGAUUCGGACGAUGACUUCAUGAGUGACGUCUCCAGUGAUGGGUUUCUAGGCACCCAGGGCUCUGAUAAUGAGAGUCUGGGCGAAGACUUUGGUGACCUCGACACUGGUUUCUCGGACGACAAAGAUCUCAUUAGGGAUAAGCGGAAGCCAUACGAGGUUGAGUUCAAAGUACUUGAUCCGCCGGAUAUCGACCAGGAGCAGAACACUCAGGUCGACGAGGUAUGCGCUGUACUCGGGUUGCCACCAGAGUCGGCUGCGAUCCUGCUGCGAUUUGGUCGGUGGAACAAAGAGAAGUUGAUCGAGUCAUAUAUGGAUCAUCCAGAGGAAACAUUGGAAGAUGCCGGUCUCGGAACAAAUUUCGAGGGAUAUGCGAAGACUGAGGUUGUCCCGGGAUUCAUGUGUGAUAUCUGCUGCGAGGAGGGAGAUGACCUCGAGACAUAUGCGAUGCGCUGUGGCCAUAGGUUUUGUGUCGACUGCUACCGCCACUACUUGGGGCAAAAGAUCAAGGAAGAGGGCGAAGCUGCUCGGAUCCAGUGUCCAGGGAAUGGGUGCACACGCAUCGUGGAUUCCAAAUCAAUGGAUCUGCUUGUGACGAAGGAUCUCAACGAAAGGUACUGCGAACUCUUGACUCGUACAUACGUUGACGACAAAGAAAACUUGAAAUGGUGCCCUGCUCCAAACUGCAAAUAUGCUAUCGAUUGUGGUGUGAGGACCCGCGAUCUUCGUCGUGUGGUGCCAACAGUGCGAUGUUUCUGCAAGCAUGAAUUCUGUUUUGGUUGCACUCUUGCCGACCACCAACCCACUCCAUGCACAUUGGUCAAAAUGUGGCUACAGAAAUGCGAAGACGAUUCUGAAACUGCCAACUGGAUCUCAGCCAACACUAAAGAGUGUCCAAGAUGCAACUCAACCAUUGAGAAGAACGGUGGUUGCAACCACAUGACCUGCAGGAAGUGCAAGCACGAGUUCUGCUGGAUGUGCAUGGGCCUCUGGUCCGAACAUGGCACAAGCUGGUAUAACUGCAACAGAUACGAAGAGAAAUCAGGCUCGGAUGCACGCAGCGCUCAAGCCAAAUCACGCUCAUUCCUCGAGCGCUAUCUACAUUACUAUAAUCGCUAUGCAAACCACGAGCAGUCUGCGAAGCUUGACAAGGACCUUUACCUCAAGACCGAGAAGAAAAUGACGAGUCUUCAAUCACAAUCUGGUCUGUCUUGGAUUGAGGUGCAGUUCCUAGACACCGCGUCGCAGGCCUUGCAGCAGUGUCGCCAAACUCUCAAGUGGACCUACGCGUUUGCAUUCUACCUUGCACGAAACAACUUGACUGAAAUCUUCGAGGAUAACCAGAAAGAUUUGGAGAUGGCCGUCGAGAGCCUGAGUGAAAUGUUUGAGAAGCCAGUGUCCGAACUAGCGGGGCUCAAAGUCGAUAUUCUUGACAAGACCGCCUAUUGCAACAAGCGUCGAGUGAUCCUUCUGAGCGACACCGCCGAGAAUUUGAAAAAUGGUAAGAUCUCACCUGUUGUUAAUAACCGUGGCACAUUUAUUGACCAUUUUAACAGGAGAGUGGUCAUUUAA